AUGCUGUCCGAUCUGCACUGCUUCACCGAGACUGAUGGCGUCGUGACGACCACCAUGAUGGACCUCCCCGGGUACAAGAUCGAGCAGGUGCUCGGCACCGUCUACGGCAUCACGGUGCGCUCGCGCAACCUGGGUGCCACGCUCGGCAUGGUCGCCAAGUCGUUUGCCGGCGGCGAGCUCAGCUGGUUCACCAGCAUGCUGUACGCCUGCCGCAACGACUCCAUCGCCCGCGUCGUCGACGAGUGCAAGGCCCGCGGCGGCAACGCCGUCAUCUGCCUCCGCUUCGACGCCGCCAGCAUGGGCGGCUUCGCCCAGACGGCCGCGUACGGCACCGCCUGCCGCGUCGUCAAGAUGGACGAGGGCGUGGCCGCGCCGCCGCAGCUACAGGAGCGGCAGGAGCAGCUGCAGGAGCAGGCGUAG